UCUUGGUGACCGCCUUUUUGGAGCCCUUCUUGGGGGCAGGCGCAGACUUGGCCGGCUCAGGCAUACUGAACACCAAACAAGCACUCACAAACAACACCCAGCUAGAACACUCGCGGGGAGCGAUGUGAAGCAGCAGACCGCGGGAGCCGCUUUUAUAGCGGCGCUAUGCAAAGCAGCAGCUCCGCAGCGUCGCGUUGCCAUUGGCUGUAAGUGCUGCCUUGUGACGUCACCAUUGCACGCGCUCCACCAUUGGCUGCCCUUCGAUUCGCUCGCCCAUUGGUUGCACGCAUUGCGCCUCCCGCUCAGCCUAUCAGACGGCGCGCCUCCGCUCCGCCCGAACUGAAUAUAAGCGGCGGGCGCGGCCGGCGAGCACUUUGCUGCGAGCUGUUGAUUCCUUCGUCGGAGCGACUGAUCGACGAUGUCGGGCCGCGGGAAGCAGGGCGGGAAGGCGCGCGCCAAGGCCAAGUCGCGCUCGUCGCGGGCCGGGCUGCAGUUCCCCGUGGGCCGCGUGCACCGGCUGCUGCGCAAGGGCAACUACGCGGAGCGGGUGGGCGCCGGCGCCCCGGUGUACCUGGCGGCCGUGCUGGAGUACCUGACGGCCGAGAUCCUGGAGCUGGCGGGCAACGCGGCCCGCGACAACAAGAAGACGCGC